AUGGUCUAUACGGAUAAAUGUCCAGUUUUGAACGAUAUUGAAUGGAGAGAUAACUGUCAAUUUCCAGUAAUCCGUAAAGGUGAAACUCCAUCUGAUUGGAUAAAACGAAUUUGGGAUCAGUUGACGAAUUAUAAGAAUAAUAAUCGUUUGACUGACGAUAAAAAGCGAUAUCUUAUUGCCAGAAAAAUGAAAUAUUUAUGGGAAGGCGAUCUUGGUCAUGCUGUAGGUGUAAAUUUUUCUAUUUCUCUAUAUGUUGAAUAUAAUUAUACCAGCUACAACAUGUCGGCAAAAUUUAAUCAAGCAUAUUCAGAAUUAAUCCGGAAACUACCACCCUCACUAGUGCACGAGACUUGGAAACGUCUUAUUUUCAGAAAGCGGGAUCCAAUACCAGAAGAAGAUGCUAGUGCUGUAAAUCCAUUAAUAGAAGCAUUUUUAAGACAUGAAUUAGAAUUACGACAUGCAGAAAAAGCACUUGCAUGUAUGAAACAAUAG